AUGUCAGAAGCCAGAGCGUGCCAAAAUUGGGGGAAUGGCUCACCAAGUGGUGCCGAGGGGGACCUGGGCAUCGUUCAUGGCGCAGAAGGUGACAGCCGGAGGCUGAAGGGCGCCAUCCAGAGGAGCACGGAGACCGGGCUGGCAGUGGAGAUGCCCAGCCGGACGCUGCGCCAGGCCAGCCACGAGUCCAUCGAGGACAGCAUGAACAGCUAUGGCUCGGAGGGCAACCUUAACUAUGGGGGCGUUUGCCUGGCAUCGGACGCGCAGUUCAGUGACUUCCUGGGCAGCAUGGGACCAGCACAGUUUGUGGGCCGCCAGACCCUGGCCACCACACCCAUGGGGGACGUGGAGAUCGGCUUGCAGGAGCGGAACGGCCAGCUAGAAGUGGACAUCAUCCAGGCUCGUGGCUUGACAGCCAAGCCAGGCUCCAAGACACUGCCAGCGGCCUACAUCAAGGCCUACCUGCUAGAGAACGGCGUCUGCAUUGCCAAGAAGAAGACCAAAGUUGCUCGAAAGUCACUGGACCCGCUGUACAACCAGGUGCUGCUGUUUCCUGAGAGCCCCCAGGGCAAAGUCCUGCAGGUGAUCGUGUGGGGAAACUACGGGCGGAUGGAGCGGAAGCAGUUCAUGGGCGUGGCCCGCGUGCUGCUAGAGGAGCUGGACUUGACCACCCUGGCCGUGGGCUGGUACAAGCUCUUUCCCACCUCGUCCAUGGUGGAUCCGGCCACGGGUCCCCUGCUCCGGCAGGCAUCCCAGUUGUCCCUCGAGAGCACCGUGGGGCCCUGCGGCGAGCGAUCUUAGUGCUGGGGAUGGGAGGGGCUCCUGGAGACCACCCAGCCCUGACCUGGGACCCCAGGCCCAGGGGCACAUUGAACAGAGGAGGAAGCAGAUGGGGAGACCUGCCCCCCUUGGGCCCUCCUCACCCCUUCUUUGCCUCCUACCCUGAGACCUUCCCUCUCCCAAUGGGAUUGGCUGCACUUUUGACUUGGCCGGUUCUUGACCUGGUGGGUGUAAGCUGCAGCUGGAGAAAGGCGAGACUGGGGCGGCAGAGCAGACCACUCCCCUGCCCCAAAUGCUGUCCAGCCUGUCCCCCCCCCUUUGCCUCCUCGGAAGCUCGCUGCCCGGAGCCAAGUCCAGAACCCAGCCGGCCAUCUCCAUGGUGCCAAUUACCAGCAAGUGUCUUUCCUGCGGCACCGGGUUCAGGCAGCUACUCCUGCCCUAGAGCCGACGGGGCAGCUUUGCAAGGAUCCGGAGCCAGCUCCCGGGGGCCCAAAGCCCCCACUUGAAGAGGAGCUUGGGCCUCCCUCUGCCUGCCCGUGGAAGGAGCUUUGCCGCAGCCUGUCCGAGUCCAUCUGUCCAUCCCCUCCUGCCUGCCCCUCUUCUGGUGGCUCUAGGAAUUGAGGUUGAGCAGGGACCAGAGGGAAGGAGGAGGUAUAACCCCUAGGGCCUUGCUCCAGGGAAUAGCACCAGUUAGUUCGGGAACUGCUGUUGGACUGGAAGACUUGUCAUCUGUGUUUUGGUGGAGCAUCUGUGUGACACUGAGUUUCCAGCACCCCAAGCCCAGAGAGCUCACCAUCUCCACAUUUGGGGGGUGCUGGAUUUGGAAUGGGGGGAGGCUGAGGAAGACUGGGACUGGUUGUGCCAAGGUAAGGGUUUCCCAAAUGGGAGAAGCCCUCCUUAUUGGAUGAGGUCAAAGGUCAUCUUAUCUACCCCUCUGCCUCCAGGGUAGGGGCCUGGGGAGGCAAUAGAGCCCCCCUAUUUUAGUCUUUUUAAACAAACCAUCCUAUUCUGGGGCAGAGCCCACUGCCCCGGCCUCAACUACCUUGGCUCAAGGGAAGUUGGUGGUUGGAGAGUGAGCGGUGAGAAUAUGAGAACUGGGAGACUCCUUCUCAAGCAGGCCUGGGUAGCCUUCCCAGCCGGCCCUCCCUGGGGCCUGCAGGAGCCCUUUUGCAUGCAGGGAGGACGCAGGCUGGCCCCUCUUUCUAGAAGCACAUUUCUGCCACCUCCCCUGGGAGGUACCCAGCAGCCUGCCAUUCCUCUUUACCUAGUCCCUGCUGUGUAGGGUGUAGUCCAGGUUAGCUGGGUAGUUAAUGUCCUGAGCCCCGGGGCCUGUUCUUAGCUCAGACCUAGUCCUUGCAGAGCCCCGGGACAGGGUGGGGAGGAGGAGACACGAGUACAUUCCAGGAGACUACCGUCUUCUCACUGGCUGGGCCUGGAUCAGGCAGCCUGGUUCAUGGGAGGCCAGCCCCUCCUCGUCUGCCCCACCUCCCCGUCUCCCCUGUAGGAUUGUAGCUGGAGCUGCCAUUAUACUCACGUGAUCUCAUUUAUUUCCCUUGGGCCUGCCUUUCUUUCUGAGGACUCCUGGGAAGUGCUGGGCCUUGGCGGAGGGGCCCCAUCUCCAUUAGACAUGAGGAUGCCGGGCUGUGUUUGGUUCCUUCCUGUCCCUGGUCCCCCCAGGUGGGUCCUUCUACCUGGACAUUCUCCUCUCCUCUGGCCUGUUAAGCCCUAGGCAUCCUUUAAAGUUCUGGUCCAGUUAACAUCACGUCCAUGGAGCUUCUUGCCCUGCCCUGGGAAGGGGAGAUGGCAGCCCCUUUCAUCCAGGUGGUCAAGGCUGGGGCAGGAGGAGGCAGGGCUCCCAAAGGACCCCUGCAUUGAAGGCCCAGAAUCAGCGCUGCCCCAUCCGUGUUUCAGUGUGGUUUCUCUGCGGUCUGUUUAUUACUUGCCAUUUGGAAUAUUCUGAGCCAGGAGAGCACCUGUCUCCAACCGGCAUUGCUGUGUUGUUAGGGGCUAGCUUUUCAAAGGGGGCAGAGCCUGGCUGUCCCCGCCAGAAGGAGAGGGGCAGGAGCUCCCUCUCCCCCAGCCUGAGCCCUCCCUCCGUGUCUGCACAGCCUUUAUGGAGAGGCAGAGGGUGCUCCGAAGCAAUAACACCACCCUGGGGGUGGCCAGGGAGGGCCCCCUCAGUGACUUUCUUGUUCGUUCUGUGGUAUCUCACUCACCUCCUGGAGGGGUGGGGUGAGGAGGGGCUGGAGCCCUGUUUCUUUGUGUCAUCGUGCGAGCGUGUGCCCCUUUCCAAGGGGCUGUGACCAUUGGGUGUGGCAACCACCGUCUGUCCUCACCAUGGGAUUGGGGUUGGGGAGGGGGACUGACUUCAUUAGCUUUGGGGAACCGGCCUGGUCCUGCUGCUGUUGCACUCCACCAUUUGGAGAGGAGCAGAGAGGGUGGGGUUGAGGGACUUUGGGGGGCUGGCAUCUCUAGGUGUUGAUUCUUCUUUCAGUCUCUGGGUCCAGGUCAUGUGUAGGGGUGCCAUGGAGGGGCCAUCUCCCCUUUCCUUCUCCUGAAUCCCCUUUUCGUACUGAAGGAAAGGGGCCUUUGGGACCAUUUGUCCAUUUCCAUUUUACGGACAAGGAGACUGAGGCCCACUACAGGGGAAGAGCCACCCCUGGGGUCACCUAUGCAGCCAGAGGCACCCCUAGUCUGGGUCUCCUAGAGCCAGGGCAGGACAGAGUGGGGCCCCUGCUUGCCACUCUUCUUUCUUUCUUUGGAGUCUCCUAGUGGUCCUGAAAAGGUGGGCAGGACAAGCUGUAGCCCAUCAGAGAGGCUAGGAAACUAAGGCCCAGACACCGGAAGUAGCUCACCCAGGAGCCCUCUGCAAGUGAGCGAUGGGGGCAGAACCAGGGGCUCCACUGUGCCUCCUUCAGGCAGCAGGAGACCAUUGCUCCCAGCAAUGCCAGGACCUCACCGCCUGCAGGUCCAGCUCCCUGGCUCAGUGUCUUCUGGCCUGCUUUGAGGGAGAGGGUUGCCAGGGAGACAGCCCAGGCCAGCUGAAGAAGGGUGUGCAGGACCAGCUGGAGGGAGAGUUAAAGGCAAUUCCUGCCUGGGACUGUGUGGGAGCUGACUGUGGGGACCUAUGCGUAGGGAAACCCUCACAGAACCUUCAACUGCAUGGAGACCUGGCCUUCCCGUUGUGCAUUUCAGACCUGUUUUCAGUGCUUGCCCUCGAGUGCACCCUUUGACCUUACAGGAGCUCCUGAGAAGUGGGGGGGGGAAGGGGGAGGAGUGAUUUCCAGCUCCAUUUUAAAGAGAGGGAAACUGAGGUCCUGGGAGAGGAAAGAUGUUUGCCUGAGGCCCCACUGUGAGCUGGUGGCCGAGCUAGGACUAGAACUCAAUUCUCCAGCAGUUCAGAGCUUUCGUCUGCACCAGGGGGUAAAGCAGAUGGUUUGGGGGAGAGGGUGAUGCACUUUACAUGCUGAUUCACCAUUUGGGUCCUUCGACCCUGAGCUCCAGGGCACAUUGCAGUGUUGAGAAACUCCCUUCGAGGCACGGCUGUUGCAUCAGGCAAGGUCACCUGCCUUUAUUUAUUGAGCGGCAGUGCUGUGCCAGGCCAGGGGACCCAGCCCCUCCUGUCCCCUGUAGCCAUUCCCUCGAGGCCUGUGUCUGUAGAGCAGCAGCGCAGAGUGGCAGCAGCGCGCGUGUCCCAGCUCACCUGACUCAAGCCCCAGGUGAGGGCAAAGGAGACCUGCACUGGGGCCGAAGAGUCACCUCUGGGGCCCUUUCACUCUGCGACAGCCUCCUGAGAGGGGACAGGGAACCCGGCUCCUCAGGCUGGGGGCCUCUCCAUCUACCCACCUUCUUCCCUCAUUCCCUCUCCAGAGCAGGAGCCACCCAGGCCUUGGGGAGGGAGGGUGUCGGGGCCCCUGGCUUGGAGCGGGCCCCGCUGCAUUGUGUUCAUGACCAUGUAGCUCAUGUCAAAUAUUAAAGUUUUUGGCUUUUCUAAUCUGGCUCGCUCUCACUUUGUGUCAACCGUUCUAUCUGGGAAACUAAAAUAAACGUAUUUUAAGGGGCCGAGUGCUACAGGCUGCCCGAAUGCCACUGUGGGGCUCUGUUAAUGCUCCCUUUUGGGGCAGGGGGCCCCUUUCUGGGAAGCCCUGGCAGAGAUGCACGGGAGGGAGCAGGGCCCUGAGUGAAUCCAGUCAUUUUACACGUGUGGAAACUGGGGCUCAGGGAGGGGGUGAGACUACCCCAGGUCACAUACUGGUGAUUGGUGGGACCCAGAAGGGAGCUCCUACAGCACAGGGCUUCAUGCAGGUGGCCCCAGUGAUGGGGUGUCAGAAAGCCCCCCCUUUGUCCUGAAGUGGAGCUGGCUUGGGCCUGGGGCACACUCACACAUGGGCCAGUUCCUCUCCAUAUACCUGGCUGACCAGAAUGAGAAACCAUUUCAGUCUUUACUGCAGACUGGCCGGUUUGUCCUCCCACCCGCCUCCGCCCCCAGACCUUCAGUGGUUCCCACUGGCCCAUCUCUAUGCCCCUGCACUUCUCAAACUGGUCUCUGAGCGGAUCUCAAUGUCGAGACUUGUGCACUUCCCCUACUGCACACACACACACUCACACACACACACACACAAAAACCCUGCCGUCCUGUCACAGCAGGAGUAGCCACCUGUUUCCGCUCUGGAGGGCCAGCUAGAGACGCAGACCCUGUGAGAAGCUGCUGGCCACGCCCUCCUGCUAUGAUUGGAACUGCAAGGGCUUUGCACCUGCAGGGUGACUGCAGCUUCUCGCUGGUGCUAAUGAUGCUACUUUAACCCAUGUUUGGAGAGGUGGGGGAGGGCCCUAGCCACAGAGGUAAUGCUCCUGGCAGAAAACUGCAGUAAGGCCCCUCACCCCUCUCUGAGCCCCGAGCUCCGAGGCCCUGGGAGGGUGCACUGCGAGUUGAAGCCAGCCCCUCCCCUUCCAGGCUCUAUCCACCCCGGUCGAGCUGUCAGAUGGACUUCCGCCG